AUGUUUCGUUUCUUUCCACAAUCCCCCCCACCACUCGCCUCCGCCGCCAUCCCUGUUCAUACGCCUCUUUACUCAGAACUGGGAGGCACGUGCUACUCAACACCACACCCACCACUAUCAGUAAACCCUGUCCUUCAGUGCACAAAAACCAACUCCACACCCACGGCACCGAAGUGGCAUCUUUCUUUCUUUCUUUCUUUCUUUCUUCCAUAUACUCGUUUUCUUCUUUUUCUUCUUUCUUUCUACAUACCCGUUUUCUUUACCCUUCUUUCUUUUUUUUUCGCAUACUCGUUUUUCUUCUUUCCAUCUUUCUUUCUACAUACCCGUUUUAUUUAUUUCUUUUUUCUUUCAUUAAUUCUUUCUUUCUUUCUUUCUGUCUUCAUACACGUUUUUUUCUUUCUUGUAUCUGUUUCUUUCUCUGUCUUUUUUUUUCUUUUCGCGUACCCGUUUUCUUUCUUUCUUUCUUUCUUUCUUUCUUUCUUUCUUUCUUUCCACAUGCCUAUUUUCUUUCUUUCUUUCCAUAUACCCAUUGUCCUUCUUUAUUUUUGCACACUUGUUGUUUUUCUUUCUUUCUUUCUUUCUUUCUUUCUUUCUUUCUUUCUUUCUUCAUACACGUUUUUCUUUUCUUUGUCGGUUCUUUCAUUCCACAUACCACUUGUAUCUGUUUCUUUCUUUCUUUUCUUUCUUUUAUUUAUUUUCGCGUACCCGUUUUCUUUCUUUCUUUCUUUUUCUUUUCGCAUACUCGCUUUCCUUCUUUCCAUCUUUCUUUCUACAUACCCGUUUUCUUUCUUUCUUUCCAUAUACCCGUUGUACUACUUUCUUUCUACACACUUGUUGUUCUUUCUUUCUUUCUUUCUUUCUUUCUUUCUUUCUUUCUUUCUUUCUUUCUUUCUCACAUUAUGCUUUCUUUCUUCCUUACAUUGUUAUCUUGUUAUAUUUUCUUUCUUUCUUUCUUUCUUUCUUUCUUUCUUUCUUUCUUUCUUUCUUUCUUUCUUAGUUCUCCGUGUCUACUUGAUAUAUACCUUCCAUUCACACCGUGUUUUACCUUCAUCUUACACUUUUUUCUUCACUAUGUUUUUCCUUAAUAUCUUCUUCUUCUUCUUCUUCUUCUUCUUCUUCUUCUUCUUCUUCUUUCGUCUCCUGUUUCCUCCACUUCUUCUUCUUCUUCUUCUUCUUCUUCUUCUUCUUCUUCUUCUUCUUUUUCGUCUCCCGUUUCCUCCACUUCUUCUUCUUCUUCUUCUUCUUCUUCUUCUUCUGUCAUCUCCUGUUUCCUCCACUUCUUCUUCUUCUUCUUCAUCUUCUUCUUCUUCUUUUUUACUACUAUUAAUUUUUACCAUCUUUCCUUAG